GGGUGGAGGUGAGCCUCGUGCUGACGUCUUCUCGGUCAACUCGAGCGAGGAGAUCAACUAUAAGACAAUGAGUUGGAAGAAGGCUGCCGCCCUCCUCUUUGGCGAGUACGUUUGCCUUGCCAUCCUCUCAUUUCCCUACGCCUUCCAGACCCUCGGCAUGGCAGGCGGUAUUCUCUCGACAAUCAUCCUCGGCUCCGUCAAUCUGUACACCUCCCUGCUCCUCCACGCCUAUUGCCUCAAGUACCCCCAGCUUGUCAACAUUGCAGACAUUGGCAGGCAUCUCUUUGGUGGCCACUGGAUCUUCUAUGAGAUCACGGCCCUCGUCCUCGUUCUCAACAAUACCUUCCUCAUGGGUCUGCACACGCUGACCGGCGCUGAGAUCAUCAAUACCCUGGCUGCGCCUGGCUACUUGUGCACGGUCGGAGCGUCCAUCAUCAUCACCGUGGUCUCAGCCAUCGGAACUCUCCCUAGGAAGCUUGAGCACGUUGCGCUCAUGGGCAUUGUCUCAGCCAUUACCAUGGGAAUCGCAAUCAUUCUGACGCUGGCCUUCAGCGGAGCACAGGGUAGGAACCCCGCAGGCUUCAACCCCGACGAGCCCGUCGUCAUCACCGCUUGGGCUCCCAAGGGCACGACUUUUGUGGCAGGCUUCAACGCUCUGCUCAACAUCUUGUUCACUUGGGUCGGUCAGAUCGUCUACCCUUCCUUCAUCGCAGAGAUGAAGCAGCCUGAAGACUUCCCCAAGGCCCUCUAUGCGGUCACGAUCGCCGAAUUCGCCCUCUUCCUCACUGUGGGAAUCGUUGUCUACUACUACUCUGGCCAAUACACGGGCGCACCGGCUGUCACGGUCCUCAAGCCCGUCUUCAAGAAGAUCGCCUUCAGCUUCGUCCUCCCCACGACGAUCAUCAUCGGCAUCAUCUACGCCGCCGUCGUGGCCAAGUACCUCUUUGUCCGCUUCUUCGGCAAGACGCGUCACUUUGCCAACCACACCGUCAUCGGCUGGACAGGUUGGACGGCCAUCGUCUUCACCACUUGGGUGUUCGGUUGGAUCGUCGGAGAGGCCAUCCCCUUCUUCGGCACCUUGAUCAGUCUGCUGAGCGCCCUCUUCGAUGGGUGGAUCGGAUUCAUCCUCUGCUCCAUGGCCUUCUACCGUACUCACGAGGGGCAGCUCUGGACAGGUCAGCCCGUCUGGAGGAAGGCAGAGAGCGCCUUCAACGUAGUCCUCAUCUGCGUGGGCGUCUUCGUCUUUGCUGUCGGGACGUACACGUCCGUGCAGGCCAUCAUUGAUGGGUACGCAUCUGGAGCUGUUAAGGCGCCUUUCGGCUGCGCCAACAACGCCAUCUAAGGUG